CAGCGACGCCGACGCCCACGCCCACGCCCAACACUCUACCGCGGCUGCCCAACCCUCCCCGAAGACGCGGCUUCCCGAGCGCCUUAAACACGUGUUUGCACUUCCCGCCGCCGUUUGUCUGCCGAGGUAGCAAGCAUAGAUGGGCUUUUCCAAGAAGCCAGCCGAUAACCGCGCCGCCGACCCUGCCCCUGCGUCCGCGUCAGCCUCCGAGGACCCGUCGCCAUCGAGCAACCUCUCUUUCCUUUCGCGCUUCAGUCUGCCACUCCGGUCGCGCACCCGCUACAUCGCCGACUUCCACAUCCGGCCGGCCGAGCCUCACCGCAAGUAUGGCGCCGGCGACCAGGUGCAGGGAGCCGUGAUCCUGACCGUUGUCAAGCCGGUCCGAAUCACCCACCUGGUCGUGUCCCUGCACGGCUACAUGCGCGUCUUCAAAAACCCCGCCAUCGCAGCCAGCGAGCCCGUGAUCGAUCCGGCCGACGUCCCGGCCCUCCCGAGCCGCAGUUCGCGUCAGAAAAGUCAUGGUAACGGCUGUGUGAGGCUGUUCCAGGAUGAACAGACGCUUAGCGGCGACGGGAGGCUGGAACCGGGCAGAUACGAGUUUAACUUUAACCUCCUCUUCCCUACCGACCGCCUGCCGAGUAGCAUAGAUUUUGAACGCGGGACCAUCUCAUACAUGAUUACGGCGACCCUAACCCGGCCAGCAUCGAUAGGGACCAAAGGCACGCCCAAGACAAGCUGUGAACGGAAAGUCUACCUUGUCGAAAAGGUCGACGUUGGGCCCCUAACUCCGCCAAGGCCGCGGACAAUCUACCUCGAGCCCAUCUCGAAACGUGCCAAGAAGAAAAAGCCGCCCAUCGCCAGCCCGGAGAAGGGACCCGUCGGAGCCGAUGCAGCGAUAUCUGCCUCGGAUCAGGAUUCCACGCGAGCGAAUGAAAACUCCACCGAGGGUUCGCUGUCCGUCAUUGGCGAGGACUUGGAGCACGAGCCGACGGGCCACAACCCUCGCAGCCCUCGGCAGAGCGAUGUCCGGAGCAUCAGCAGCGACAGCGCCGGCAGUGGUAGUACUGGUCGGAGCAGGCCCAGCGACGGACAUGUCGUACUAGCCACGACGGCCUCGUCAGGCGGGAAGAAUGGGCGGGCAGUGAGGGAGCGGACCAUUACGGCCACGGUUGAGCUGCUCAAAGGAGGCUGUCUCCAGGGAGAUGUGCUGCCCAUCAAGAUAUCGGUGCAGCAUAUCAGGCGGAUAAAGAGUCUGCAUGGCGUCAUCGUGACCUUUUACAGACUGGGGCGCAUCGACUCAUCGCCCCCCUUGCUUACCAAGGAUUUGCCAGAGGCCGAGGCCCGGCGGCUGGAGAAGGAGGAAUAUUACCCCAAGUCCAAGACCGGGCUCGGCGGGCUCUCGCUGUCGUCGGCGGGCUCCUGCAGCGUAUUCCGCAAGGAUCUGUCUCAGGCCUUCGCCCCGCUCAUCAUCGACCCGGACACUUUGACUGCCAACCUCACGACAUCGGUGCGGGUACCCGAAGAUGUCUUCCCCACCAUCAAGGGCGUGCCGUACGAGAUGAUCUCCUUCCGAUACCAUAUCGAGGUGAUCGUAGACCUCGGGGGCAAGCUGGCCUAUCAGAUCCAAAGCGGCAAGCCGUCUGGGGCAAGGGUGAGCCCGGUUGCCGGGCCGCUCGGCGUGACUGGCAGCUCUUACGAUGCGAGCGCGAGCUCGUUGACGUCGUGGGGCACGAGCAUAAUCGAUACGGACCGGCUCAGGCGGCAGAAGGGGGUCAUCUGCGUCGUGUUCGAGGUUGUCGUUGGAACCACGGACAGCAGCCGGUUACGCGGCAAACGGCCGAUGAAACCUGAGCCUACUGUCUACACCGUGCCGGUCCACGAAGCCGAGGUGUACGACGGCGGCAGGAGCGAGAAACAGCCAUGGCCGACCUCUCCUCACGGUGAGAAUGGCUACGCUCCAGGCGAGUACUCCCAGGAUUAUGCACCCUCCUCCCAUACCCACGCUCCUCCUCCGCCGCCUCAGCCUUACGGCUACUGGAGCGGCGCUUCUCCGCAGCCUCCAUCCGCGCCACACUACAUCCCGCCACCAGAGUUGCCGGACGAGAGCACCCUCACGGAAAAGGAGCGCGUCCGGCGUGCCGAGCAGCGGUUACUCCCGAGUGAGCCGCCGCCCGAACCGCCCAUCGCGGGGCCCUCUAACGCGUAUUUCCACAACGGCGAGAACAUCUACGACGCCGACGACCAACCACCACCGCCGCUAGCACCAGCCCCACUACCUCAAUCCCAUCCCGAGGAAGAUGCGCCCUCCGCCCCGACGCUAGAAGAUCUCUCCCAGGCCCACCCCGUCGUAGAAGACAAACAGGAGCUCGAAAGAAGACGGCUCCUGGCCGAGGCCAGCGCGCCGCCAGAGUUCCCGGAGGACUACGAUCAUACCGCUGCUGGACCGAGCAGCAAUAGCCCGCCGGGCGCCGCGCCGCCACUGCCGCCGCCACCGCCAAGGCCAGUAGGCCCGAGCGCCCCGGCCAUGGCCGAGCUGGAUUUUGAGCCCUCGGCGCCGGUGCUGCUGGAGGAUGAGGACGUCUACGGCCCGCAUUAUGCCUAUGGCACGGCGGGGCCUGAGACGUCGGUGGCUUCGUCGGCGCGGGCUGGCGGGCCGCUGGGAGGAGGGGCGGGGUCUCUGGAGCCCUUGCCCAGGUAUGAGCGGUGA